AUGGGCGUGGAAAUGACCAGGGCCUCAUCCUGUUCGUCGCACAGCCUCCUAGGAGACACUAGCCCUCGGGCUGAGGGGCGGUGGGACAACAGAGGCGGCUCCGGUCUAAAGAGGGUUCUCCCCGCGGCGCUCUCAGGCGGGGGCGGGAGACACUCCGGGGAUUUGAAUGCAAACAAAGCGGCGGCGCUGGGAGCGUGGCGGAGCCCGGCCUGCGGACGCCCCCUGUCGGCCUACUCCUCCCAGGGCGGGGGACACUGGGGCAGCCCCGGCGGUGGGGGUGGAGGGGUGCGGGACCCAGGCGGCGCGACCCCCACCCUGGCCCACCCCAAACGGCGGGCCGCGAACGGCGCUCCCGCGGCUGCAGGGCGAGCGCUCCAGCCGGGGACCGGGCGGCCCGGCUCAGGUCGGGAGCUGGCUUUCCAGGACAAGCCGCCCUCCCAGCGGAACGAGCGCGCCGGCGAGGGGCCGCGUCCGCGCCUCGGGACCCUAAGGCUGCGGGCACUGCUCGCCCCGCUCCCGAGCCCCCGCGAGGCAGCCCGCGGGGGGCGCACGAAGGAUCUCGGGCGGACAGCUGUCCCCGCCGCUGCCGCUCCCUGCACCCCCCGACCCUGUCCCUCGCGCGUGCGGCGGCCCCAGCCCGAGUCGGGGGACAAAGCGGCCGCCCCGGGGCUCCGGCCCCGCGCAGCCCUGGCCUCACUCACCUCUUCUUCGCGGCUUGAAUCCCUGGGCGCCGCCCUCGCGUUCGCCUCCGACCACGGUCCGCCCCUACCCGCGCGCCGCCGCCCGCCCGCGCUCGCCCGCCCUCCUCCGCUGCCCCUCUGCCACCGCCCCUCGGGCCCGGCUCGGCUCGGCGCCCCUGGGCUCGGGCUCCCCGCGCCACCGCGGCGGGCGCCGGCUCUUUCUCCACCGCCGCGGCUCUCCGCCCCCUCCCCCCUGACGUCAGGCGGGGGGGUCGAGCAGAGGCCGGGGGCGGGACGCGAAGGCCCGCCCAGGAGGGGGCUGCGACCCGCUGCGACCCGCCGGCCCCCCCGCUCCCGGGCCGGGGGCUCGGAUCCCCAGCCCCUGCUGGUGCCCUGCCGCCCCGCGCCUCGCAGUCGCGGUCUGCGCCACAGCGCCGGGAGGUGGGGCGGGGGAGGGACUCCGGGCAUCGCCAUGGGGGAAUCGGACUCACCCGGUCUUUCUGAAGUGUCCCCCAAGGCCAACCGCGGGCUGGGCGGCCGGGCUCGGGAAUGGGGCUGA